GACUGAACGGGGGCCGUUGUCGUUCUAGCUACGACAUGGUGCACUAUGGCCACUCGAACCAGCUACGCCAGGCUCGGGCCAUGGGAGAUUAUCUGAUUGUUGGAGUCCACACGGACGAGGAGAUUGCCAAGCACAAGGGCCCCCCUGUCUUUACACAGGAGGAGAGGUACAAAAUGGUGCAAGCCAUCAAGUGGGUGGAUGAGAUUGCUCCAGGAGCUCCCUAUGUCACCACACUGGAAACCCUGGACAAAUAUAACUGUGACUUCUGUGUGCACGGUGACGACAUCACCUUGACAAUAGACGGCAAGGACACCUAUGAGGAAGUGAAGACGGCAGGGCGAUACAGGUGGAAGGAAGACGUUCUUGGGACAGUCCCUUGUUUGGAUUUGUCGGGUGUCAUGGAUGUUCCUGCAGUAAAGGUGGGAAGAGAAAGAGGCAAAUGCUCCUGUGGCUUCUGCUUUAUCCUUCGCUUGUCUCCCUGCAGGGAAUGCAAACGCACCCAAGGUGUGUCCACUACUGACCUCGUUGGCCGCAUGCUGCUCAUGACUAAGGCGCACCACAGCAACAUAGAUGAGGACCUAGACUAUCGGAAGCACACUGACAACUUUGGGAAGGGGCCAAAAGGUCACAGUCCCUGGACUGGCGUCUCGCAGUUCUUGCAGACAUCUCAGAAGAUCAUCCAGUUUGCUUCAGGGAAGGAGCCACAGCCAGGGGACACUAUCAUCUAUGUGGCCGGAGCCUUCGACCUGUUCCACAUUGGACAUGUGGAUUUCCUGGAGAAGGUUCACCAGCUGGCAGAGAAACCCUACAUCAUCGCUGGGCUGCACUUUGAUCAGGAAGUAAAUCGCUACAAAGGGAAGAACUAUCCCAUCAUGAACAUCCAUGAGAGAACACUCAGUGUCUUGGCCUGCAGGUAUGUCUCGGAAGUGGUGAUUGGAGCCCCCUAUGCUGUCACGGCCGAUCUGCUGGAUCACUUCAGGGUAACGCUUGUGUGUCAUGGGAUGACUGAGGUGGUGCCAGACAAGGAUGGGUCUGAUCCAUAUGAGGAACCGAAGAGACGUGGCAUUUUCCAGCUGGUGGACAGCGGCAGCAAUCUCACCACAGAUUUAAUUGUGCAAAGAAUCAUCAAGAACAGGCUGGAGUUUGAAGCUAGGAACCAGAAGAAGGAAGCAAAAGAGCUGGCUGUGUUGGAGGCUAUGAAGAGACUGGAAGAGGAGCAGCACUAGGCCAGCAGAGCGCCGAUACGUGGGUCGCAGAGCGCCGCAGCCUCGCCCUCUCGAGGAGCAGACGGCUCUUUGAGAAGGGACCCCUGGACAGGGACACCGCUGCCGGCAUGCAGGAUGUGCUGUCCUCCCCUCUUCUGUUCUAGCUUCUCCUGCGCUAAUUAUGCAGACAUAAUGAGUUGGGAUCCUGCUGCCUAGUUUUUCCUCCGUUAAUCAGCCCCCAUCCCUAUUCCCAGGAGGAUAUUUGACAAAAGAAAAAAAAAAACACCCAACCACAAACUGUUUUAAUUAUAACUAAUGUUUUAACAUGUUCACGUGCUUUUACCUUCUGCCAUUUCUGGCUUUUAGUAGGAGGGAAACGGAGCGGCUGCCCAGGCCCCCUCUGUCCUGACCGGAGUCUGCCUUCCAGAGCGGCCUUUCAGGCGGUGGGGGGGGCGGCUGCACAGGCUGGCGAGGACGAGAACGGCCUCCCCGGGAAAGGCUGCGGCGCCUGCAGCUCCUCCCGCGAGCUUUGUGUUAGGGACGCUGGGCCAUUGCGUGCUGGCUGCUGGAGGUGCUGACGGGCUCUGUGCUCUGGGGUUCGCCAUGCACCCUCUUCUCAGCUGCUGCCCCUGCACAAAUGCCAGACCCAAAGCUACUUCGGGUUCAGCUGGAUGAAGCCUCUCUCCGCUGUGGCUGGUGCCAGCAAAUCGUUUGCUGCCCCAGUAACGGGCAGCAGCAUGGCAGCCGCUGAGAGGGGUGGGUGGCUGGGGCACGGGGACCCGCGGUUCUGCGGUUUCCCUGGCGGGUUGAGGGGUUUCUCCAGAUGUGGGAACCCUGGGGGCCUUUGCCAAAGGCUCUCGCUGUCGUGAGGCAGCAGGACCCGGUGCUGCUCAGAGCCCUGUGUGCUGCUGCCACCGGAGUCCACCUUGUGCCUGCUGGGUUACCUGAGGGAGGGACCUCAUCGCUGAAAUGUCAUGGCUGUUUUCUUGACGUGUGGCACGUGUGCCCCUGCGGGGAGGUGCAGGUGGGUGCUGGGCUGAGCCCCUUUCUGCCUCUUACAUUCCAGGGUGCUGCAGUGGGUGUCCUGGGCUGCUCCCUGCACUGUGCUGGACGGUCCUUCCACACCAGUUCUGUUGUCCUCUCUGUUGUAAACCUCCGUUGCUGAUCAUUAAUAAAAUGUUGAAGAGUUG